UUAUUUGGCAACGCAUGGUUGUCACGAUAUGUAUUGAAGACUUAUAUGUAAAGCUAAUGUUUGGGAGAUAUAUCAGGUUUAAUGACCUUUUCAAGAAAUAUCUCUUAGUGUAUAGGAAACCCAUUCCGACAACUUUUUCGGUGUAUAUGGUUCUUCAUAUCAUAAACGUCAUAUUUGGACGGACUGGAAUUUAUUUCGACUGCUUACAUGAAUCUUUCUUAAACGUCGCAACAACCCAAAUUUACGUUAAGUGGACCUUUUAUUUCAAGCAUAUAUGGAUUAUCGAAAGAAACAAUGGAAUACUUGAUGUUGUUUGAUUAUCAAAGAGCAAAAUGUGAGUAAAAAUCAACCAGAAAUAAUAUUCACGUGCCUAAUCUUAUUCACACAAUAUGUCGGCUCGUCCGGGGCCUAGUCAUGGAAACCGGGUAUCCCCAGCGGCUCCGAUGACGCCUGCUACACCACAGACUCCAGCAACGCCGACGAUUAGGAUAGAAAUACCCCGUGAGGAAAAGCAGGAAGAAGACGAGUACCGAUUUCUUUACCCUCCAGUACCUCUCAACAUCGCUCAGGCGUGCUUUGUGAUGAACUGUGUUCUACCAGGCUCAGGGACAUUUGUGAUGGUUUUUGCGGUGUGUUGCUGCGCCGACACACACCGCUGGACGGGAGGGGACAAGUGUUUUGCAGUAUUCUUUGCUCUUCUUAUCGCUCUUCUUCAAGUGGCUCUGGCGCCCAUUAUCAUCGGCUGGGUGUGGAGUGUCAUUUGGGGAGUCAAAUACGUCUAUCAUGCAAGAUUGCGCUAUGAGACCGAACAAGAAAGUGAUUAUGAAGACGACGGACCAACAGAGCUACCGUAUCGCCGGAAACAAAGCCUGCGACCACACUUGUUCAUUGACCCAUCCGAAACAAGGCCCUCAACGUCAUCUUCGGUCAGCAGCAACGGGAAGCGGGUCUCUUUUGCACCGGGUGGUAGCCAGACAUUAAAAACUGACAGAGACAGUGAUAGUGGGGUGCCACCGUCACCAUUUCCCUACUUGGAGCCGAAUGAUGUUCCGCCGUCUCCGAUCUUACCCGACACUUACCGACCGCCAACAGGUCGGUCUGUGUCAACGGCCAGUAUAUGAUCGUGAAAUCAUCACUCGGACACUUUUCAUUGGGAUUAAUACGUUUAGUGUACAUACUAUUUUUAUAAAUAUUUUUGUGUUUUAAAAUGUCGUGUAUAUGGCCUUGGCAAAGGGCAAUUAAUGCGACUAUUAAAUGAUAUGGCUGUGACAGAAACACUUUGAUACAUACUAUGGAGUCAGUUCAACGCAAAUUGGACUACAUCGUAUUAAGCGACAUCUAGAGUUCACCUCUACUUGCAUGGAAAAGGGUGUUACAAGACGAGAAAUGCUAUUAAAUGAUCGUUAAAUUUUAAUGUGAUUGACAAAUUAAAGGAUCGAGUCCAACAUACAUGUAAAUAUGUGGUCAACCUCCUGAUGUUAUCUCAGAUACAGAGCUCCUACUGGCAUAUAUAUAAUAUAAUGUACAUUGGUAAUGGCUGCAGAUGUGACGAAGGUAUUAUGAAUUAAGUUUAAUUCGUAACCUCCUUGGUAUGAUACUAAUUAUGCAUCGUGAAUACAAUACAAUCAUCUGAAGGCA